AUGGGCUGUGGAGUUUCGAAAUCUCAUUUUCAUAAAGUUAUUUCACCCAAAAAGGCUUCAGACUGCUCAGCACGUAAUGCAGUUCAUAAUCAAACAGACCACUCCGAAUCAACUGCUCUUAUCAACAAUUUACAAAAUACCAUAGAUCAAUCUGUUUUUACUGUUUCGAAUGAUCCACUGUCAGUUUCUGCGCAAGCAUCUCCCAAUGAAACAACAACUAAUCAUCUUUCACCACGAAUUAAUUCUGCUACUUCGAAUAAUCAUUCAGUAUUGGCUGACAGUAAUGGUCGAUAUCAGCAACAGAUCGAUUCGGCAACAUCUAACAGAAACACAUUAUCUUUUUUUAAUGAGAAUAAUCAAAGUGAUAUAACAAAUAUGUUGGAAAUUGAAACAUUAAUCAAUGUACUUCCCGCAGUCGAUAGUGAUUAUGUUGAAAUUAUUAAUGCUGAUCCUGAAGGUUUUAAUGACUUAUUCUUAAAACAACGUCAAGAUGCUAUCGAUAAUUCUUCGUAUCGAAGAACUAUUGAAUCCUGGCAUCCAGAAUCUCUUCACCAAUUAGUUGAAUUUAUUCGAGAUAUAUCAAAAGACAAACUAUUACUUGAUCGUCAUUGGAUGAUUUUUUAUUGGAUUGCUUGUAAUAUCGAAUAUGACGCUGUUUCCUUCCUGAAUAAUAAUAUUCAAGAUCAAUCAGCAGAAUCAGUUUUUCGUACAAGAAAGGGUGUAUGUGCUGGAUUUAGUCGUUUAUAUAAAUCUUUAUGUGAUCAAUUAGCUUUGAAAUGUGAAGAAAUAAGUGGAUAUGCAAAAGGUUAUGGAUUUGCUGUUCGUGAAGAAACUGCAUUUUUAAAGACGGAUCAUGCAUGGAAUGUGGUUGAAAUUGGAAGAUAUUGGUAUCCAUUGGAUGCUACAUGGGGUACUGGACAUUUAAAUGAGCAAGAUAUUUUUAAUCGAGAAUUAGAUACUUUCUAUUUUCUCACUCGUCCUGAUCAACUUAUCUAUAGUCAUUUGCCUGAAAAUGAUAAAUGGCAACUUUUACGGCAACCGAUCAAAAUGACACAAUAUACGCAAAUGCCAACAGUUCAUCCAGCUUAUUUUAUAUUUAAUUUAGAAAUAGUUAGUCCACGCCAUCAAGCUCAUGCUACACUUGUUCAUGGUAAAUCGCACGCAUUAAUACUUAUACGAGCUCCAUCUGAUAUCGAUGUUUCAACCACCUUUGAGUUAUAUGAAAACGAAGUCGAUGGUGGUUCUCGUAUUAUAUUCGAUAAAAGUAAGCAAUUAUAUUGUUGUUACUUUUCUCCAGCUAGUAUUGGUAGACAUAAAAUAGAUAUUUUUGCGAAAAGAAUCGAACUAGAUACGAAGUCAGGCAAACAGGCACUCAGUUUUACAUUAAAUAUUGUUGAACUACCUUUAAAUCGUGUGAGUUAUCCAACAACAUCGAAAGAGUUUUAUGAUUUAAAUAUAAAGAUUAUUUCGCCACUCAACACUCAUUUAAUCAAAGUAUGUGAUGGAGCUACUUACGGAUCCAUUAUUAUUCGAGCACCUAGUGAUGUUGAAUUAAGUGGUGGUCUCGAUAACAGCAGCGGGGAAAGAGUUAUGAAUGGAUGCCAAGUUUAUUAUGACCAACGAAAAAGUUUAUGGAAAUGCAAAUUCGCACCUAAUCGAAAUGGUUUAUAUAAGGCAUACAUUUUUGGAAAGAAGAAAGCGAAUACUGGUAAUUAUUCGCAUUUAGUAUCAUUCAAAACUGAAGCAUCACAAAUUCCAGCUACGCCAUUAUCCUUCCCGAAAACUUGGCAAGUAUUUCAUGAUCUUAAUUUAGAGAUAGAAGUACCAAAGAAUUGUUCAACAGUAAUUUGGCCAACGGAUGCUUCAUAUGUGGAAAGUUUCAUCCAAACACCUGAUGAUGUCCAGCUUUCAUGUGCAAUUCAUUAUAAUGAUGUUGUAGUGGAAAAUGGAGCAUUAGCUGAAUUUGAUAGUGACAAGAGAUUAUGGCAAUUACUAUUUGCACCUCAAUGUAUUGGUCAACAUGAACUAAUAGUUUUCGCAAACCGUUAUAGUGAAUCAAACUCAAAAUGUGCUCUCAAAUUUGAUCUUAAUAUCACACAACUCAAACAACCAAUAAAGUUUCCUACGAUAUAUCCAAGUUUUCAAGUUAUCAAAGGCCGAAUUUAUGAACCUAUAAAUGGACUUAUUAAGAAGGAUACAACAAUAUCAAUUCAUUGUUUUAUUCCAGGUGCCAAAGAUGUUAAUUUGACAAUUGAUUCGAAAUGGGCAAACGGAGGAGGAUACGAGGAUCCCUUUUACAAAAGAACGGUAACUGUUGGUUCCAAAGAAGUAACUAUCUAUGCUAAAUACGGAGAAGACUUUAGCUAUCAAGCGCUUAUUAAAUAUAACGUUCAAUAA